AUGCGGCCCUUGACCACAGCCAUUGCCGCGGGGAACUGCGUGGUGAUGAAGCCCAGUGAGCUGGUGCCACGCUGUGCGGAGCUCAUGCAGCAAUUGGUGGAGAAAUAUUUGGACCCACGAUGCUUCAGGGUGGUUCAGGGAGCGAUUCCAGAAACCACUGCACUGCUCAACCUACGCUGGGACCACAUCCUUUACACAGGUAACGGUCACGUGGGGCGCAUCGUCAUGGCCGCGGCCGCCAAGCACUUGACGCCUGUGACCCUGGAGCUGGGCGGCAAGAGCCCCGUGGUGGUGGACGAGACCGCCAAGAUUGAUGUGGCGGUGAAGCGUAUUGCGCUCAUGAAGUGGGCCAUCAGUGGACAGAUCUGUGUGAAUGCAGACUACGUGUUUGUCCAUCGGAGCAAAGAACAAGAGUUCUUGGAGAAGCUCAAGGCGACUGUGCUCUCCAUGACCGGCGAGGAUGGCAAAGGUCGAGCCGACGACUAUGGGCUCAUUGGCAGUGAGAAGCAUGUGGAUCGAAUAGAGCACUUGAUCUCCACCGCGGGUGGCACCAUCCUGUGCGGCGGCACAGAGGGCAUCGAGCGCGAGAACCGCUUUGUGCCACCGACGGUGAUCCAGAGACCCAACUUCGAUGCGCCCAUCAUGCAGGAGGAGAUCUUUGGCCCGGUGCUGCCAGUCUUUCCAAACUCCCACCAUGAUUGCCUGGUCUUGCCUCAUGUCCAGCAGGAGAUUCCAUUGGCCUUCUACAUCUUCUCCGAGAGCUCACGUAAUGUGGAGAAAGCACUCAACUACAUUCAGAGUGGCGGAGCCUGUGUGAACACCAUUUUCGAGCACCUUCUACCAGAGACGCUGCCCUUGGGCCCGAGCACCAGUCCAAGCACCUUCAGUGGAGGCUUUGAGCCUAAUUUGUGGGCACGUUCCAUGCCGCAGCAGUUCUACAGGCAGCUUUUAAACCCCAUACCCUUCGUGCCAAACUGGCACGCUGGCGACGAACUUUCCGUGGUUCAGUUCCUUUCGUCAGGUGGCUUGGGGGAGUCCGGCAUGGGCGCUUAUCACGGUAAGUUUGGCUUCGAUGAGUUCAGCCACCGGCGCGCCGUCUUCGUCAAGUCUACUUUGCCAGGCAUGCAGGGCACGAUGUUCCCACUGCCAGAGGCGGGAAAGCCCUCGCCAGAUUGGCUCUACUCCCUGCUGGUGAAGUUGCAAGUGGGAUUCCUGCCGCAAGGAUUGAAGGACUCAGAGUGA